AACAUUGUAACAAUUCGCUUUACAAAAUGCAACCGAAAAUAGAAAUCUUAAAUCCAAAUGAAAAUAUUGCGAUUCCAUCCUGGAUAAAUGCUGAUUAUUUUAAAGACAUUUUAGCCAAAGAUGAACCAGACUCGAUAGGUGUUAACAAUUUCGUACCAAUUGCCGCCGUACCACCAGGAGAGAAUUUCACCUCGGUUAUGUUGCGCAUACAUAUGGAUUUGAUAAUGAUGGAUGAGUCUAUUAAACACAAGACUUAUAUUUUAAAAACCAUGAUAGAUGAUGACAAAGGUGGCGAACUGUUUAAUAAUUUGGCUUUAUUUCCCAAAGAAAUGGAAAUGUAUCAGAAAUAUUUACCCGCCUUUGAAGGAUUGUAUAAAGCUGUGGGUUGGAAUAUACAAUUGGCUCCAAAAUGUUUGUUUGCUGAAAAGAAUGACGGACGUUUUAAUUUCGUUUACGAAGAUUUAAAGGAAAAUAAUUAUGAAAAUAUAGAUCGUUUAAAAGGCUGUGAUAUGGUACAUAUGAAACGUAUACUGCAUAGAUUGGCCGAGUUACAUGCGGUCAGUGCAGUUUAUGAGGAAAUAAAUGGUGAAUAUCCCAGUGAUUUUCAAAUUGGAUUUGUUGAUUUGGAUGCUGGGGCUGACUAUCAAAAAAGUAUGUUUGAAACACGUAAGGAGCCAUAUAAAAAGGCAAUGCAACAAUGGGGUCUAGAUGAAGUGGACAAAUAUCUUAAGGAAUUUCCCUCUAGUGAACAGUAUUGGAAGUGCUGCCUCGGUUCUUUGAAUCAGAAAACAAAUAAUUUCAAUGUUUUAAACCAUGGUGAUUUUUGGUCCAGUAACAUAAUGUUUAACUAUUUGCCUACAGGAGAUUUAAAAGAAUUAAUAUUUUUGGACUAUCAAUUCUGCAAAUGGGGUAGUCCUGCUGAAGAUCUAUUGUUGUUUAUAACAAUAUCGGCUGCCAAAGAUAUAAGAAUCAAAGAGUUUGAUUAUUUUAUUUCCAUGUACCAUGAGCGUCUGGUGGAAUGUUUAAAGGUGUUGGGAUUUAAGAAACCUUUGCCCAAGCUAAGAGAUUUACAUAAAGAUAUGUUUGAUCAAGCUAAUACAUUUACCGCAUUUUUUGCUUGCUUUAAUCACUUGGCAAUUCUUAUGUUGCCCAAUGAUAAAGACAGCAGCAUUCAUAAUUUCUGCAGACCUGAUGAAUUCGGAGAACAAUUUCGCAUGAAAGCUCUCACAAAUCCUUGCUAUGUGGAGGCAAUGAAGGAACUAUAUCCUUUUUAUUUUAGACGAGGUCUAUUUAACUUUUCAGAUUUUGAGUGAUUUCUGUAA